GUCAGAAAAGUCUGCUUCAUGGACAGGUAUUUAAAGCAUGCUGAAAACCAUUAAGGUCUUUUUAUUGAAAACAAAGCAGAGGCAUUAUAGGCAAACGUAGUAUGUCAGGUAGGGAUCUUGUGCUUGAUUACCAGGGCUGGCUUGCAAAUGUAUAGUUAAAUUGAUACUGAAAAUAGCAUCUUAAAGGUAUUUUUCUGUAUGCUAAUUUGAUGCUGUUUCAGAAAUAGUACUCAGGCUUUGCUUCUUUCUAAACAUCAGCAUAGCCCUAUUGGUAAAAUUCCUGCCUUUGAAUCAGAUCAGUGUGUCCAAAUCUUGUAUGCAAGUUUGUUUUCUGUCCGGUGUUAAUACUGCAAUGCAGUAUGAGAGCUUCUGACUUUGUGACCGUCCUUUCUCAUGCAGUCAAGGUGCGGGGAGCGGAAAAAGGGGAGGAGGUGGCAGGAAGAACCUUCUGGUUGGGUGAAAAUGAAGGGGUUGAUGCUGUAAUGCUGUUUCUAAAAAUUCUUCACUUGUUAGAGUGAAUGUCCUGACAGGCGUAUCCUCUGAUCUUGUUCUAAAAUCCAGGUGUUGUCAACUAUUGUUACUUAAUUUUAUUACAUACCUAAUUUGUUGCUUUAGAUGUGGUCUGUAAUAUUCUGAUACCUUAUUAGGACCAACCACAAGCAACAACAUCUGUUCCUCAUACUACAAGUCUAAUUGGAUUUGAAUAGAUGUCAUUUAAAUAUGAAAGGUAUAGUCUGAAGUAGUAUUUUUAUGCUCUAGAGUCUAAUUCUGUAAGUAAAAAUGACAAAACUGAGUCUUAAACCAGCAGUUUUGUGUGGUUAGGCUCAUCUCUCCAUUCAGCACAGCACCAGAUCUGACGCAUGGUCGUGGAUUUUCUAUUGCUGCAUAUAAUACAGCUUUCAAGAAGGCAAAAUGAGAUUUCAGCCAUCCUGAGACGGAAGUUCUGCAGUUAUGACCUCUUCUCAAGUCACUUUUGCAGUAAGAGGACCAUCAGUACCAGUGAAUUAUGGAAAACCACUGUAGAGCUUCCUAGAGGAGUUCCUGUUUGCUAUCGGUAUUUUAAAGGGUACUUCCUAGAACCUAAGACUAUCGAUGGUCCCUGCGAAGUCAUAGUUCACACGUGGGAGACUCAUCUACAACCACGAUCAAUUACCCCUUUAGAAAAUGAAAUUACUAUUGACGACGGCCACUUUGGAAUCUGUAAUGGUAUUGAAACUGUGGAUACUGGGUGGCUGACAUGUCAAACAGAAAUAAGAUUACGCCUGCAUUAUUCUGAGAAACCACCUGUAGUGAUAUCUAAAAAGAAAUUUAAAACAUCAAGGUUCAGAGUAAAAUUGACUCUAGAAGGCUUAGAGGAAGAUGAGGAUGAUGAAGAAGGUCAAGAGAAAACAUCCCCUACUGUCCCUCAGAAAAUGGCAAACACUGUGGAGUUCUCCUUAAUAAGUAACAAUGAAUACAAAUGUCGACACUCUCAGCCAGACUGUGGCUAUGCUUUGCAGCCGGAUCGAUGGAUAGAAUACACAAUACAAACCAUGGAGCCUGAUAACUUGGAAUUAAUCUUUGAUUUUUUUGAGGAAGAUUUAAGUGAGAAAGUAGUACAAGGCGAUGUUCUUCCAGGUCAUGUAGGUUCUGCCUGCCUCCUGUCAUCCACACUUGCAGAACUUGGAAAGAGUGCUGGAAUUCUUACACUUGCUAUUAUGAGCAGAAAUCCAAGGAAGACAAUUGGAAAAGUUAGAGUGGACUACAUAAUUAUAAAGCCAAUCCAAGGAUACACUUGCGAUAUGGAGGCUUCCUAUGCAAAGUAUUGGAAACCAAGAACAACUCUAGAUGUUGGACACAGGGGAGCAGGCAAUUCUACAACAACAGCUAAGCUUGCUAAAGUUCAAGAGAACACUAUUGCCUCUCUGAGGAAUGCUGCUAGUCAUGGAGCAGCAUAUGUGGAGUUUGAUGUACAUCUUUCUAAAGAUCAUGUGCCGAUUGUAUACCACGAUCUCACAUGUUGCAUGGCCAUGAAAAAGAAACUGGAUACAGAGCCUUUGGAACUGUUUGAGAUUGCAGUCAAAGAACUCACAUUUGAUCAGCUGCAGUUAUUGAAGCUGGCUCAUGUGACUGCCCUGAAGGUAAAGGACCACAAUGCAUCUUUUAAAGAAGAAGAAAACUCUGCUUUUGAGAUGCAGCCAUUUCCUUCUCUGCAGAGAGUCCUGGAGUCUGUUUCUGAGGAUGUUGGGUUCAACAUAGAAAUAAAAUGGAUCUGCCAGCAAAGGGAUGGACAGUGGGAUGGCAACUUGUCAACUUACUUUGAUAUGAACCUCUUUCUAGAUAUUAUCCUAAAAACUGUUUUGAUGAAUGCUGGAAGAAGAAGAAUUGUGUUUUCUUCUUUUCAUGCAGAUAUUUGUACAAUGGUUCGGCACAAGCAAAAUAAGUAUCCUGUGUUAUUUCUCACUCAAGGAGAAUCUAAACUCUAUCCAGAACUUAUGGAUCUUAGAUCUCGUACAACUCCUAUUGCCAUUACCUUUGCACAGUUUGAAAACUUGCUGGGAAUUAAUGUGCACUCCGAAGAUCUGCUGAGGAAUCCAUCAUUUAUUAAAAGGGCGAAAUCUAAGGGCCUGGUUAUCUUCUCAUGGGGUGAUGAUGCAAAUGACCCAGAUAACAGGAAGAAGUUGAGAGAAUAUGGUGUUCAUGGGCUGAUAUAUGACAGGAUAUAUGACUCGAAUCCUGAACAACCAAACAUAUUCCAGGUGGAGCAGCUGGAACGUCUCAAGAAAGAAUUACCGGAGUUGAAAAGCUGCGUGUGUCCCACCGUUAGCCACUUUAAAUCCAUAUCUCCAUGUAAAUGUCAUCAUAGUUGCCUGGAAGAGAACGCUGUAGAUAACUUAAAGAGUGUUCAAAUGCAAAAGGACUGAUUCUAGGUAGAAUGCUGGUGUGUAUCUGUUUAACUUUCACCAUUGGAACAGUGCUGUCUAUGCCUUCAGGUUUGUUUGGUUUCUUUUAAAGUCCCCAAAUAGCAAUAACUAUGUUCGUCCUUCCUGGCAGUACUUAUUAAAAUUUCAAACAAGUUACAAUAUUCAGCCAGUUACAGUCAUCGUUUGAAUUUACAGAUAUAGUUUUAACUUUUCCUAUAAUCAAGUCUCAAUCUUGAAAAAGAAGUAGUAACACUAAGUGUGUUUUUUAAAAAUAAAAAAGCAGUCUGAGGAGUGAAAGUUGAGGAAUGAAAUUGUAGGAAAAUUUACAAUGAUCUGAUAUUGGAUAUGCUGAAAAAUUGUUUUGACUUUGAUUUUAUUUCAGUGUGACAGCUUGUCAGCCUGUAUCUGACAACAGGAAAUUAAGACAGUGAUUGUAACAUACAUAUAAUUAGAUCUGGCCUGAAUAGAUUGGUACCUCAUGUAUACAAAUUUGCACUGACAGGUCCACCUGUACAAAGCUUUGUGCCACUGGAAAAUAUCUAUAUAUUUUUAAGUAAAUUGCAAUGUGUAUUAACUCAUUUUUUCCCCCCAUUUCAUUUAGGACAUUCAGGCUGCUGCUGUUUUCUCAGUUGCCAAUUCAGUGGUACAGUGUCUGUAUAUAGCAGUCAGGGGUGAACCACAAGUACGAUUUUCCUUUCAUUAAUCUCACAGGCCUGAUAAACUUUAGAAAUGUUGCUAAUAAUUUUAACAGAGUAAGAGAAACAUCUUCAGUGGUUGAGAAUCUUUAUUUUGCACAGUAACCUUAAUAAACAGAGUAUAAACCAUGCACAAACUCUGCAAAUUGCAUGCUUUAGUUAUUAAGCAUGAAAUUUAGGUGUUGAGGUCCUUGCAUCUUUACGGUGCUAGUUAUGUGUGAAGGGUGCAAGGACCAACUCAACUACUUCUCUGCCUAAAACCACAAGCCGAUCAUUUACGAACAUUUGAAGAAAAGGCUUUACCACACUUGGUUUGUCUUAUUUACAUAAUGCAAGCUACUGGCUUUUUGUAUUUUGCAAGAUUAUUUUUGUUUUGGCUUUUUUUUUUUCUUCAGAGCAAAAAUCACAAGUGUACUGAAUUAGAUAAUCUGUAUUCUGUUGGCUGGUAUCUAUCCUCUGUAAUUUAUUACAAAGUCAUAGUUUAGAGUUCUUAAUAGGUAGGUAUGCAUGUCCUUUUUCCUCCUGAAGUUGCAGGUCAUGCCAACACAACAGCUGUAACUUUCUACCGAAGUGUUAAUGUAUAAUAAGAAUGAAAAAUAUUUAUUUUUUUUCUCUUGUAAAUUGACAAUGAAAACCAUAGUAUGUACUAUAUUCUUUAUAUACAGGCAUUGCUACAUAGAACCGACUGUACAAAGAGUAAAGCCAUUGCAAAUAAGUGCUUGAGCCUGCACUGCCGAGCAGUUUGAAACAGCUCGUUUCGACUUGCCUUGUGCAUUUUAGUAUUUAAAGUUCUUUUGUCCUGCACAAACAGCACAGUAAUGAUUAGGAUCCUGGAAGCUGUCUUUUAUUUAAAAAAAAUAAACAAACACACACAAAACUUG